AUAUGUAAAUACAUAUGUGUUUCAUUGACAGCCAAUUAUUUGAACUGGAAGAAUGAGGAAGACGGUAAAAUAAGUACCGUAAAAUCUUACGAGCUGUUAUACAGAUCAGAAUAUGUAUCAGUGUUAAUCUCUCGUUAGUUACAUAUAUAGUGUGCAUACUUGAAUUAUCAAAUCGCGUAUGUAAAUGUACAUACCUACAACAUAAUUUUUCUCACAUAGCUAUUCUAUAUAUUAAAGUUUUUACAUGGCAAAAAAUAACAUAGUCUCGAAAAUAGUAUGGAUCAUAUAUUUGGUGAAUGCUCUCGGACUUGUCAGACCAGACGACUCUACGACUGCAUCCGAGUUGAUUGAGGACGACGACGAAUAUUACGCUGACCUCUCCCGUUGGUCCAUGUUUCUUCCACGCUUCGUGGAAAAUUGGUGUUUCGAACGGUGCAGGGAUGGAGGCAAACCCUUCUCACGCCUGAUAGGAGCUAGAUGUCAAUGUUUAUGCCCAAUCAAUGCAGCCCAACUUGAGUUAUGUCCACCAAAUGGAGGAAUUGUUAGCUGCUAUGAUUUCUGCCAAAGCAUAGGAUAUUACAAAGGAGGAGGAUGUUUAUACAAUGAAAGUUGUUUUUGCUUUUGUAGAAGACAUCAGCCUUACAAUGCCAGCGUAAUUUAUCAAUAAAUAGUACACGAUUAGUACUGAAUAAAAUCAUGAUACUUUGCUAUACAACGGGGAAAUCUUGUAACAUGAUCGAAGUCGAAGAAUCUAGCAUGAAUCCUAAAAAAAUGAAACGAUCUUAGCAACGCUUCUUCCUUGUCCGCAUGAAAUCUAUGAUGGAUACAAAAUAUUUUAGUAUAAUUCAAUAGUUUUAUUCCAACCAAAUUUAAGUUAUCGCUUCAAAAUUCCAAAGUACGAGAAAUGCCCAUCCGAAGUGCGAAGGAUGGACUGAAGGCGAAGAAGAAAGCGGAGGAGGAGGCUCGGCUAGCGGAGGAAGCUCGGGUGCGAGAGGAGGAGCGGGCAAAGGAGGAGGCUCGUCUGGCAGCCAAGGCCGCCGAAAAAGCCAAAAUCGACGCGGAGAUAAGAGCACAACUAUCAAGUCCGGAAGGACAACUUCGUGACCUAACAAAAUGGUUAAGCUCUGUUCCACUUUCCAAGAAAUGCUACAAAAGGAUGGACAGAGAACUGUCUGAUGGAGUUGCGGUAGCGGAAAUAAUUGCCCACUACUGUCCGGACAUAUGCGAUGUUCGUCAGUAUUACCCGUGGAAUAGUAGUAGAAAUAAGAGAUCCAACUGGGACGCAUUAAACAGAAAGGUGUUUCCAGAACUAGGUUUCCAACUCAAAGAUGACUUGAUUGAAAAUGUCGUUCAACCGUUCAGUUGUAGAAAAUAUAAACUGUGUUCUGAUGAACCCCUCAUUUACAAGGUUCUCCGACAAGUCAGGGAUGGAAUUGCUAGGAUAAAUCCUUCCGUGUAUGACUAUAGGAAACUCCCAGAUUUUAAAUCAGCAGUCCCGAUAUGUGAAGCUCCGGUCAAACCUAACAAUCAGUUUAAGAGGAAACCACGAGUCGACCUUGACUCGUCGCCCCCAUUUUCGAAGAUAGAGAUUCAAAUUGCAAAUGGAAUGUUUGAUGAGGAAGAUAAGAAAAAUGAGGAAAAUCAAAAGUAUGACUACUUUGGACAAGCUGAAAACGGUAACGGUUAUUGUGAGUUUGGUGCGACAGGAAAUGUGAUUGAUUGGGUCGAGUUUCAUGGAUGCGGAGGGGAAAUCGUUUUCGAUGAAGCCAUGUAUAGCAAAGCCGUGCCAACGUAUCAGGCAUAAUUCUUCUAAAUUAUUUGCACAAUCUAAGAUGCAUAGUUCAUAAUUACGUCCUUAGCAAUGUUCGACAUGUCUAUAACAAAUAUGUGCAAGAUAAGCGGACGCCCAAAUUUAGUGUCAUAUAUUAAUAAUAAAAUCAAUAAACACCAUUCGGUUACUUAAAAUGA